AUGGAUUUCUCAUUUAACAUUAAUGAACUGUUUAAAGAGGAAAUAACAUGUGUAGAUGGCAGCUUGCAACUUUGCCAGAGUGAAACGAUGACUAGCCUGACUAGAGAAGGCAUCCAUCAGCUACAGCAGAAAUUAUCAACAGUUGUGGAUCAAAUGGGAGAAGCUUCUGCUAAGGCUCAGGGUUUGGACAAUCCAAUCACAACAGGCACCAAGUUGAAAGGUUCUGAUCAUAGACUCUACAUUUUGAAGGAUAGCAGCGGCAGCAGGGGAUGCAUUGUGGGUAUUCUGAAGGUGGGCAGAAAGAAUCUCUUCCUGUAUGAUAAAUGCAAAGUUCAGCACGAAGUUCAACCUCUGUGUGUCCUUGACUUUUAUGUUCACGAGUCUCGCCAGAGGAUGGGAUGUGGACGCAGGCUGUUUGAUUUCAUGCUACAGAGGGAAGGCAUCCCUGUACAGCAUUUUGCCAUUAACAGACCGUCGCCAAAGUUUUUGUCCUUUCUGGCAAAACACUACAAAAUGCAAGUGGCCAUUCCUCAAGUGUAUAACUUUGUCAUUUUUGAUGGAUUCUUUGACAAUAGAGAAGGAAACAAUCAGAACAGAAGAUCAGGCGAGAAUGCUAAUAUUGACAACAGCACAAGGUUCAGUAAGCAGAAUCUGAACUCAGGGAGGAGAUAUUACAACUCCCAAAAAACAGAGGAUGAAGCUGCAUGGAAUGUUUUAAACAAUUGGAUUUCACCAAACAGUGGCAGACAAAAUGAAAGACACAUGAGAGCUGGUCAGAUGAUGUACAGUCGACAUGGUGUCAUGGCUGGUGUACAGGACCAUGAUAGACCCAACUCAACCACAAACAGAUUUAGACAAGAUCCGUCAUCCAUCAACAGCAAUAUCUAUCGCAAUCAAACAAAUACUUAUAGCUCCAAUAAUUCAGUUUACGACUCCGGCCCGCCCACCGCCCAAAAGUACCUUGACCAGGAUAUCAGGCCUCCAGCACAGCUGAAGCAGACGCCAGAAUUGAACCCUCCCCUUUUACAACGUGAUGGACCACCUGUUAAUUACAGCGAUAUGCUCAAUCUACACCAGCGGUACCAGCAGCGAAAUGGCCACCUGACAAUACCUUCAGGGACUACAGCCAUAUCUCUUCCUGGCCCUCUGGCAUCGCAGUCUGCACACGUUCCGUCUGCACACGUCCCGUCUGCUGGCCAGAGCAGUUCCAUCAUUUUACAACCAAUCACUAAACAAUACAUCCUGGACUGUAACAAGUGUCUUACGGAACCAAACACAGAAUACAUUGGUGCCUCCUGGCGACUCCAGCAGUCAUCGGUGGUGGUGAUGGGAAUACUUCUUUGA